AUGUACAACACCAAGAUGAGCCCGAAGACACCGAGCCAGUUGGACUCUCUCGUUCAUGUACCUCGCUCUGCUUCCGCUGCAACCACGUCUGACAAACCCGAUACGGCUGAGAUUGAGGAACUUGGUAAGUCAAAACUGAAGACAGAAACACAAGAGAAAAAUCCACUGCUUUCAAAAGAAAGUACUGAACAGGAGAAGCAAGCCAGCAAAUCAUAA